AGGAUGCUUUGUCAACUUGGCGCAACCUUACCAGUCAUUGAAGUCAUAAAUGGUUGAAUUAUUUAUUUUUUCAACAUGACAACAUCAAUUUUAUCUUAUUUUAUCUAAAUAAUGAGACAGACUGCUCUUGGUUGAUCGCACUUUACGUCCGCAGGCAGGAAAACAGUGCUGUGUGUGUUUGGCGCCGACACGAAAGGAAGCUGGUCUGUACCAACUGUAAAAACGGAGAGGAAAAACAAGGAGCGAACAUGUCAAAUACGUUUUAAGCAAAACAGCACAACGAGCUAGGAUACCGACUUCUCCAGUUACGCGAAAAGUGGAGUUCAAUUCCAUAUUCAGCUAAGGAGACGUCCUGCUAACGCCACCAUGUACAUAAAGCAGGUCAUCAUCCAGGGAUUCCGAAGUUACCGGGAUCAAACUGUGGUCGAUCCAUUUAGUCCGAAACACAAUGUCAUUGUUGGAAGAAAUGGGUCAGGCAAAAGUAAUUUUUUUUACGCCAUUCAGUUUGUGCUCAGUGAUGAGUUCAGCCACUUGCGACCUGAACAACGUCUGGCCCUGCUUCAUGAGGGAACUGGUCCUCGUGUCAUUUCUGCUUUUGUGGAGAUUAUUUUUGACAACUCUGACAACCGACUGCCGAUUGAUAAAGAAGAAGUCUCUCUUCGCAGAGUCAUUGGUGCCAAGAAGGACCAGUACUUUUUAGAUAAGAAGAUGGUGACUAAGAAUGAUGUCAUGAAUCUUCUGGAGAGUGCUGGCUUCUCCCGCAGUAACCCUUACUACAUUGUAAAGCAAGGAAAGAUUAACCAAAUGGCCACAGCUCCUGAUUCUCAGCGACUCAAGUUGUUGCGUGAGGUGGCAGGAACACGGGUGUAUGAUGAGCGCAAGGAGGAGAGUAUUUCUCUUAUGAAGGAAACCGAGGGGAAGCGAGAGAAGAUCAACGAGCUGCUAAAGUACAUUGAGGAGCGUCUGCACACCCUGGAAGAUGAGAAGGAGGAGCUGGCUCAGUACCAGAAGUGGGAUAAAAUGCGAAGAGCCUUGGAGUACACCAUCUACAACCAGGAGCUGAACGAGACCCGUGCUAAACUAGAUGAGUUGUCCUCAAAGAGAGAGACCUGCGGAGAUAAAUCCAGACAGCUGCGAGAUGCUCAGCAAGAUGCUAGAGACAAAGUAGAGGAGACAGAGCGUGUUGUUCGAGAGCUGAAGUCCAAAAUCUCUGCCAUGAAGGAAGAAAGAGAGCAGCUUUCGGCAGAACGCCAGGAGCAGAUAAAGCAGAGGACUAAGCUUGAGCUGAAGGCCAAGGACCUGCAGGAUGAGCUGGCAGGCAAUAGCGAGCAGAGGAAACGUCUGCUUAAGGAACGCCAGAAGCUUCUGGAAAAAAUUGAAGAGAAGCAAAAGGAACUGCAGGAGACCGAGCCAAAGUUUAACAUGGUGAAAGAAAAAGAGGAGCGGGGAAUUUCUAGGCUGGCCCAGGCCACUCAGGAGCGGACAGAUCUUUAUGCCAAGCAAGGACGUGGUAGCCAGUUCACUUCUAAGGAGGAGAGGGACAAGUGGAUUAAAAAGGAGUUAAAAUCCCUGGACCAGGCCAUAAAUGAUAAAAAGAGACAAAUUGCAGCUAUUCAUAAAGACCUGGAAGACACUGAGACUAAUAAAGAGAAGAACUUGGAGCAGUACAGUAAACUUGACCAAGAUCUUAACGAGGUGAAGACACGAGUAGAGGAGCUGGACAAAAAAUACUACGAAGUGAAGAACAAGAAAGAUGAGCUGCAGAGUGAAAGAAACUACCUGUGGCGUGAAGAGAAUGCGGAGCAGCAGGCGCUGGCAGCUAAACGUGAGGAUCUGGAGAAGAAGCAGCAGCUCCUGCGUGCAGCCACUGGGAAGGCCAUUUUGAACGGCAUUGACAGCAUCAACAAAGUACUGGAGCAUUUUCGCCGGAAGGGCAUUAACCAGCAUGUCAUCAAUGGUUAUCAUGGCAUUGUUAUGAAUAAUUUUGAAUGUGAGCCUGCGUUUUAUACUUGUGUGGAGGUGACAGCUGGCACCAGACUGUUUUACCACAUUGUGGAGACUGAUGAAGUCAGCACCAAAAUACUGAUGGAGUUCAACAAAAUGAAUCUGCCUGGUGAAGUCACAUUCCUGCCCUUGAGCAAGCUUGAUGUGAGAGACACAGCCUAUCCAGAGACUAAUGAUGCCAUUCCAAUGAUUAGUAAACUGCGUUAUAGCUCCAACUUCGACAAGGCCUUCAAGCAUGUUUUCGGGAAGACUCUGAUUUGUCGUAGCAUGGAGGUCUCAACUCAGCUGGCAAGAGCUUUCACAAUGGACUGUAUAACUCUGGAGGGUGACCAGGUGAGUCACCGUGGUGCUCUGACUGGAGGUUACUAUGACACCAGAAAGUCUCGUCUGGAGCUGCAAAAAGAUAUGAGGAAAGCUGAGGAGGAACUGGGGGAACUGGAGGCUAAGCUCAAUGAAAACCUGCGUAGAAACAUAGAACGUAUCAACAAUGAAAUCGACCAACUGAUGAACCAGAUGCAGCAGAUUGAAACGCAGCAGAGGAAGUUCAAGGCGUCCAGAGACAGUAUUCUGUCUGAGAUGAAAAUGCUGAAGGAAAAGAGGCAGCAGUCGGAGAAAACAUUUAUGCCUAAGCAACGUAGUCUCCAAAGUCUAGAGGCAAGUCUGCAUGCUAUGGAAUCAACCAGGGAGUCACUGAAGGCCGAGCUGGGAACAGAUCUACUUUCUCAGCUCAGCCUGGAGGACCAGAGGAGAGUUGAUGACCUCAAUGAUGAGAUUCGUCAGCUGCAGCAGGACAACAGACAGCUGCUGAAUGAGAGGAUUAAGCUUGAGGGCAUCAUGACCAGAGUGGAAACAUACCUCAAUGAAAAUUUAAGGAAACGUCUUGACCAAGUAGAGCAGGAGUUAAAUGAGCUGCGAGAGACAGAGGGAGGCACAGUUCUCACAGCCACAACAUCAGAGCUUGACGGCAUCAACAAACGAGUCAAAGAGACUUUGGCUCGAUCAGAUGAACUUGAUUGCAUGAUUGACAAGACAGAGGCAGAGAUCAAAGACCACAUAAAGAGCAUGGAACGCUGGAAGAACAUUGAGAAGGAGCAGAAUGAUGCCAUCAACCAUGACACCAAGGAGCUGGAGAAAAUGACCAACAGACAAGGCAUGCUGCUGAAGAAGAAAGAGGAGUGCAUGAAGAAGAUUAGAGAGCUGGGCUCACUUCCUCAGGAGGCUUUUGAGAAGUACCAGACCCUCACUCUCAAACAGCUGUUCAGAAAGCUGGAGCAGUGCAACACAGAGUUGAAGAAGUACAGUCACGUCAACAAGAAAGCUCUGGACCAAUUUGUUAACUUCUCAGAGCAGAAGGAAAAACUCAUCAAACGUCAGGAUGAGUUGGACCGUGGCUACAAAUCCAUCAUGGAGCUCAUGAAUGUCCUGGAGUUACGGAAGUAUGAAGCCAUUCAGCUCACCUUCAAACAGGUGUCAAAGAACUUCAGUGAAGUUUUCCAGAAGCUGGUACCAGGCGGCAAAGCUACACUGGUGAUGAAAAAGGGUGAUGUCGAAGGCAGCCAAUCACAGGACGAGAGUGAGAGUGGAGUUGACAGUGAGAGGGGCUCUGGCUCACAGAGCAGUGUUCCAUCAGUGGACCAGUUCACCGGUGUCGGCAUUAGGGUGUCCUUCACAGGGAAGCAGGGUGAGAUGAGGGAGAUGCAGCAGCUGUCUGGAGGUCAGAAGUCUCUGGUGGCUCUGGCUCUGAUAUUUGCCAUUCAGAAGUGUGAUCCUGCCCCUUUUUACCUGUUUGAUGAGAUUGACCAAGCUCUCGAUGCCCAGCACAGAAAAGCUGUCUCAGACAUGAUUGUUGAGUUGGCUGGACAUGCCCAGUUCAUCACCACCACCUUCAGACCUGAGCUGCUGGAGUCUGCUGACAAGUUUUAUGGAGUCAAGUUCAGAAACAAGGUGAGCCACAUCGAUGUGAUCACAGCAGAGCAGGCCAAAGACUUUGUGGAGGAUGACACCACCCAUGGUUGAAGACGCAGCAUGUGGCCUGUUGUAAAUUUGCACCAGGGGUCAAAUAUACUACAUCUACCAGCUUUUUGAUGGUCUUUUUGAAGACGGUUUUCUCUUGAGGCUGGAUUCAAUUUAUGUUCUGUGAACUGUUCACCUCGAGGCUGUUGAUACUUUUUCUUCACCCUUCACUUCAUUCGGUGUUUUGUUUUGUUUUUUUCUAUAAGCUUCUCUCAUAGUUUUUCUGUGCUGCAGUUCUUAAAGAAAUGUACUUUACAUUCACAAUAACCUACUGAGAAGGUCUGGGGGAGAGAAAAGUUUCUCUUCACUGAGAUCUGUUUGUCCACUUUGUGGAAUAAGCCUCGAUCACAACAUGGUAUCAGGACCCUGAAAAGUCCUUUUGUGUACAUUAGAGAAAAAAAAACACUUUUAAAACGAGAUGAGAGAAAAUAGUUAUUUCCAAAUACUGAAGCUUAUUUUUGAAAGGUUAGCUGUGAGGCUCUUGUUUGUAUUUGUUGUCACCUUUUAGGAAGUUAAAGUUUCUGUUACUUGUGUGCUUCCCUAACUGUACACUCUACUUAAUAAUCAAAUGUUAAACUCUGUUUAACCACAUGGCUCCAAUGUUAAGGUUGUUUUCUUUUUAUACUCGUUGUGUUACUUUGUUAUUUCCUGUCUUUUGGUGAUUCAUACAUGUGAAAGUUUUUAUUUGAUCAUACGUCUAGCUUGGCAGUACACUGCUUCCUGAUCAAUUCUUUCUAAGGUCAUGUGAUGACCUUGACAUUUAAGCAUUUACUCUCUGGAUGUGAUGUCUGGUAUUAACUCUCUCACGUGGUCUCAUGUACUUUAAAUAUGCUUACUUUUUAAAACUUCUCUUGUUUUAUAUGCCAUUGGAAAACUUCAAAUGUAAUAAAAAAAUUACAAAACUGA